AUGGCAGGAAGGUCUGGCAAGAAAGAGAGCAAACAGAAUGCCAAACAGGGAAAAGGCUCCAAAAUAAACGACAAGGGCGUAUUACUGGUACCGCCUCCAAAAUCUAUUCCAAAUAAGGACCACAUGCAACGGCUGAACUACUUGUUUCAGCUGUCAACGUUUCACACAAUGGUUGGUGCCCAAGACAAAAGCCAAGCGCUCUCUCGAAUGUAUAUGAAGAAUCUGGACUUGAUUCAAAAGAAGACUAAAACCGCUUUAACUCCGGGCAUGAAGCGACAGAUAUGUAAAGAAUGCCACAGGGUUCAGAUUCCUUGGAGGACUGUCACAUCAUUCAUCGCGAACGAAAGUAAGAAGAAAACUACGCAGAACCAGGUCUUGGUGCUAACUUGUCAGUGUGGAUCGAGCAAGCGAUUUCCAUUUGGGCGUAACCGAGAAUAUAGGACCCAUGUUGAAAAGGAUAACCUGGUUUACAUGCAAAAAUAA